GCGGGAGGGGGUUUGGCAGUGCGGGCACCGACCACGCUGGCAGAACUUCAGUCCAGCACAUCACAUGAGAUGGGAGAGGAAACCUGACCUUGGAUUUAUAAAAAGAAACUGGGAUAAAAGGGGACUGAUGGAGUGCCAGAAGUUGCUGUCCAGAGAGUUUGGGAGGAAGUGGGAAUUAAAGGUGGAUUGGUUGUUUUGAGAGCGGCCGCGUUGCUAAGGGGCUGCAUUGUCCGGGAAGUUACGGUGAGAAACUUCGCUCCGAUGGGCGAUUUUACUCGAAUCUUUGUUGACACCUCCUGAAGGUGGGCUCGGGGUGCUCAGAGCAGCGAGGCUGCAGGUCUGCCUUUGCUGCUGCUGGAGUCAGGCGUACACACUCCACUGCAUUUGCUGUGCCCGAGUGGCUGUGCUAAAGUCUUUGUUCUCCUGAUUAUCAUAUUUGUAGCUACAGGAAAUCGGAAGGGAAUGCAGACAGUUCACUGGAGGAAAGGCAAUUAGCAUGCAUCCAGUUAUUAUUUAACGUGAAGGAGACUGCACAAGCCCUUUGUAACUGUGCUGGCGUGAUGAGGAGUGUCAGCAUUUCAGCAGAAAUGGCCUGAAAUGACAGCAGUGUGUCUGGUGCAGCGCUCAGUGUAACUGAUCCUUCCCACGGACUUCCAGGAAAUUUAUGGACUGACCAUGAAGAAGACCAUCAUUGUUCUGUGUGGUGAUGCUGGGGGUGCUCAGCAUGGAGGGGUGAGGGCGUUGGAGCGCCCUGAUGAAUCGUUCACAAUUAGUGGGGCAAUUUGCAGGCUCUUCUCCAGAGGUGGAGGUUUGGCCGUGUGUGACUGCAGGGUGGCUUAGGGUAGAAAAGGACUUUUAACAGGUGCCUGAGGCAAUCAGCAUGUGACUGGUUGUGAGUUUUAUUUUAACACACCUCGGUCUGCUGUGUUGCACAGGCUCCAGCUGAUCCUUCCAGCCCGUGGGAGCUGGUGACAGAGCCCUCGUGGUGCUGGGGACACCGAGGUGUGUUAAUGACAGGGGUCAGAGCCCUCACGGUGCUGGGACACCAGGCUGUGUGGCAGUGUCACAGUGCUGACCCAGGAGGUCCAAGGAGGAAAGUGAACUCGUUCCCGAGGCACGCUGGCGUGGGAUGGAUGCUUCCAGCAGGCUCAGCUGUCAGGUGCUGCUGGUGAGCAGUAGUCGCCAUCCAGACCGAUGGAUUGUCCCCGGGGGUGGCAUGGAGCCCGAGGAGGAGCCCGGCGUGGCCGCCGUGCGCGAGGUCUGUGAGGAGGCUGGAGUGAAAGGGACGUUAGGAAGAUUAGUGGGAAUUUUUGAGAACCGGGACAGGAAGCACAGGACUUAUGUUUACGUACUCAUCGUCACCGAAGUGUUGGAGGACUGGGAGGACUCUGUCAAUAUUGGAAGGAAAAGGGAAUGGUUUAAGAUAGAGGAUGCCAUAAAAGUUCUGCAGUAUCAUAAACCAGUGCAGGCCUCGUAUUUUGAGACCUUGAGGCAAGGCUGUCUGGCCAACAACGGCACCCCGGUGAUGACCACGCCGUACUCCGAGAGCUCCGUGUCCGACAUCAGAUGACUGACAGAUGAGUGACGAGUCCCUGCGAGAGCAAUUCCCUAAAGCAGACUGAGACCUGGAUUUCCCUCCCCUCCCCGUUUCCAUGCCUCCUCCCUCACACCAGGCAUGGGCAGCCGCCUGGGGCAGAGCAAGUGUUCAGAGUGCUGCGAUUUAGUGCAAGGUGGGAUGAUUUUUUUGUUGUUGUUGUUGGCUUUUUUUUGCUUUUUUUUUUUUUUUUUUUUUUUUUUUUUUUGGAUCUGUAUUUUGUAAAAUACAUUUGGUGCAUGAAGUGCCCCUUUCCCGGUACUCCGCUCCACGGCCUGGAGGCUGCCAGCCCCGCAUCUGCCUUGUGCUCUGAAGUGUCCCGAGUGUCCCCUUCGUGUCACCCCAGCCAGAGCCACUUUUCUUUUUUUUUUUUUUUUUUUUUUUUUUUUUUUUUAAUUAAAAGACUUCCAAUGUGAGAUCAGCUCUUCAAGUCUUAGUCUGUACUGUAAGGUGCUGCUCAGGCCCGUGUGGGGAUUACUCGCAGCACAUCUGUAUAAACUUUUUUUUAGAUGGAGGAUCUAACAUUUUAAUUUUGCGGGAGUUUUUUUUUUUAAUCCUGGUCUGCUUCUGAAAAGAAGGGUUCAUAAUUAAUCUGUUUGCCUUUUGUUCUGUUUUUUAAAAACACACAUUCUGUGGCAGUGCUAGUGGCUGGGCCAGUUUACUCCCCAUGCAGUAUCUCCCGAUUUAGUGCAGUGACACUAGAAGUUGAGGGCAGAGUUCGGAUCACCUGCAGACAUCCUUGCAGACAUCCCUGCGGCUUUUCCGGCAGCUUCCACCAACAUUUCUGCGUUUCCAUCCGAGGGAAACGGCGCGGAGCCGAUCUGGAGCCGCUGGCCAAAACCAAACGGCCUCAGCAACGCUGCGACAGCGCCCGGGUCGCGCCGGCUGCGGUGGGAAUCGGGGAUGCGGGGGUGGGUCGGACGGACAGACUGCAGCGAGGCUCACCAGCGCUGUCCCCCGCUCCCGCUGCGUCCCGCUCGUGUCUCUCCUGUCCACAUGCCUUACGCCGUGCUCAACUGGACGCUUGGGGUUUGUGCUGAGCAUCGGGCCGCGCUCGCCGAGCGUCGCUGCCGCGCUCGGAGAACCGCGCGCGCGUCCCUGAGGAGAAGCCUCCGGGGGGGGGGGGAAAAUUCAGGUGUUGAGUCUCUUGUCCUGUGGUUCUGCAGCACUUCCGGCCGCACCGUGGAGCGUGCUCGAAGUGUGCCCUCUGUGAAAGGUACAGCUGCCUCCUGCAGGCAGCAUUCCCGGGGGAGCGGCGCGGGAGAACUCCCCGAUGCGCUGGCACACUUCACUUGGGGGUUUGUUGUUUUAUUGCUGUAAGUUUCAUGCUGUCUUGAUUUGCCAACAGUGUUGUCUAGUUGGGAAAUAAAAUGGGAAGGGUUGGGGUUGGGGUUGGGGGGGUGGGUUGGGACAGGUACAAGUUUUGGGAGGGGCAUUAAUUAAUCCCUGGCUUGGGACAAGAAGUGGUUGCUGAGUUCAGUAACUUCUCCUUUGUCAGAGCAGAGCCAAGAUGUGAAAUUAAAUCUGCAGUACUUUUUUUUUUUUCCUUUUUUUUCCUGCUCUUUAUUUAACAAAAAAUAUUCUAAUAAACACUCACUGUUCUGGAGUUUUCUCUCUUCCUGAGAAGCGCUUACAAUAUGAAAAUCUGAUAGAAAUAUCCAUGGAGCCUGGGACAAGGGGGAAUGGUAUCCUUGCUGGUUUGGCAAGAAGCUGUUCAUUUUAAGAUCCUUUUCUGUUCCUUUCCUUGUUCUCCCUGCUUUCAUCGGUGUGGAGUAGCAAGGCCAAAAGCAGUGCCAGUGAUCGCUGACAUGGAAAACCACGCGUAAGGAACAGCCCAUUAUUCAAGGAGUAGCUCAAACCCAAGCGUCUGGAAUUGAGCCCAAAUUACACCAGUUCAGCUCACUUCAACUUAGAGACGAAUGUACAAUCCUUUCUCACUAUGUGCUGGUCAGCCUGAACCAAACUCUCAAAAGGGCUUGAAUAUUCUAUCUGGAAGUGUCCAAGAAAUUCCCAGAGUCGCUGUCCCCGUGCCCUGCGAGGCACCUGACACAGCCAUCUACUGCCUUCAACGAGUCUUGGUCUCUACUGUACAGAUUAGUAUGUUGGAAAUGCUUUGCAACAAAACAGCUGGUACUCCUGAAAGAGUAACUGCAGUUUUAAUAUCAGCAGCAUGCACACUUUUGUUUUUAAACUAAAAAUGUUUUUACAGGGCUGUUAAACUGACAAUUUAGGGUAGAAUAUUGUUAAUGACUUGCUAAUGGCUUAUUUGUUUGGGUCAGAAAAAAUAAAUUGUGCCAAGAAA